AAAAUCAAACUGGGCCCACCCACUCUCACUCUCCCCUCUCUCUGCGCUCCACGUCACUCCCUCUCUUCUCUAGAAUACGCGUCUUCUGUGCCCUUCUCCCUCUCUCUAUACUCUGCUUUGACAAAUCUACACGCCAUUGAAGAAACCAACCUCCCUUUCGGAGAAAUUUCCUCAACACAAAUCUACUUUUCCCUAUUUAUACUUUCUGCCUCUGCCCCAUUUUAUCCUCUCAUACCAUUCCUGAAUUUUUCCUUUAUCAUUCCCUUGUUUUCCUCUGUUUUUUUUCCGAAGAAUUUGUGGAGAUAUGGAGGGCAAUCAGCAAUCGUUUUGGCAGUUCAGCGAUCAGCUCAGAGUGCAGACUUCGAACUUGGCGAACCUCUCGUUGAACGAAUCGAUUUGGAGCAGUCCGUACACGAAGAGGCAAGAUGAGAGGCGGAAUUUUGAUAUCAGGGUCGGUGGGGAGAUCAAUACCGGGAGCAGUUUGAAGCAGAAAGGGUUGGAUUUUAAUGGAGGUUACGAUAUGAGGGUCGGUGGGGAGAUCAAUUCCGGGAGCAGUUUGAAGCAGAAAGUGUUGGAUUUUAAUGGAGGUUACGAGAUGAGGGUCGGCGGGGAGAUCAAUUCCGGGAGCAGUUUGAAGCAGAAAGGGUCGGAUUUUAAUGGGGGUUACGAGAUGAUGGUCGGUAGGGAGAUGAAUUCCGUGAAUGAUUUGAGGCAGAAGGGCAAUGAUUAUAAUGGGUUCAACGGUGGGUGGAAAAUCGGGGUGAGUCCGUUCAUGGGUGGAGCUCAGAGCAAUGUUGGAGUCAAUGGAGGAUUCAACAAGGGCGUGUAUUCAAAGCCUGGGAACUAUGUCAAUAGCAACAUCAAUGUGAAGAACGGCAACAACAAGAAUGGGAAUUUCAAGGGAGAGGAUGAGCAUGGAGUGAAGGUUGGGAAGAAGAACAAAGGCAACAAGAACAAUAACAAUAACAACAACAACGAUGGUGAUAACAAUAGUAACGGUACUAAGACCGCUGCCGAUAAGCGCUUCAAGACGCUUCCACCAUCGGAGUCUCUCCCCAGAAAUGAGACCGUUGGUGGAUACAUCUUUGUCUGCAACAACGAUACUAUGCAAGAGAAUCUCAAGAGACAGCUCUUUGGUUUGCCUCCCAGGUACCGUGAUUCAGUGCGGGCUAUAACCCCAGGAUUACCCCUUUUCCUCUACAAUUACUCCACCCACCAGCUUCAUGGAGUUUUUGAGGCUGCAAGCUUUGGAGGAACAAACAUUGAUCCAACUGCUUGGGAGGACAAGAAGUGCCCUGGCGAAUCACGCUUCCCUGCUCAGGUGCGGGUGGUCACCAGGAAAAUCUGUGAGCCAAUGGAAGAGGAUUCAUUCAGGCCGGUCCUCCAUCACUAUGACGGCCCCAAGUUCCGCCUGGAGCUGAAUGUGCCAGAGGUAAAUCUCAAUUCAACAAGAUCAAUCAAUCUAGGGAGAUCUCAUUAAGGGAACGGCAUCGGAUUCUGAUGUGUUUUGUUAUCUGAAUUUCACAGGCCCUCUCUCUGUUGGACAUCUUCAAUGAGAAAACCCCCUGAAGGGAACAAUAGCAUUGAGGCAUACGGGUACACAUACAAGUUAGCAAAGAAACAAGACAGAAGAAAGAAGGAAUACAUAAAUGAAGUUCCAAAAGGUUGGGAGAUAGGAAGAAUAGAAGAAGGGUGUGGUAUAGAAAAUACAGCCUAUGUGUUGUAUAACCUUUUUGUUAAGGCGGUUGCUGUUGUCCCUCUAGGUUCUUUGGUUUGGGCUAUAUGUAUAAAUAAUCAUGAACCAUGAAAACAUAUCCAGUUUGAACUAUCUGCUCUAUAAGUGUAUGGAACAUAUAUGGCAGAUUGGAUCCUUCAUAUUUAAACUAAAUUUCACCUUCUUGUCA